AUGUUUAGUGAAUCAAAAUGGCACCAAAGACCGCAACCUGUGUGGAAGCAUAUUUUGCAACAACAACCAGAUCUGUGGAUGUGGCUUGGCGAUGGUAUGAAUUUUAUCUUUUUUUACGGUAGAAAAUGAAAAGAAAUUAUUAAAUAAUAAUAGAUGACAAUAUAACAGCGUGCAGCAUGCCAGUGACAUUGCGUGAUCAAUAUUAUUGGAAGAAUCAGUUGAGAAGUUUGAUUGAAAAACUGGAAAUGAGGCAUUUCUCGACGUCCGUCUACGAGGCAGUCGUUGGCAUUUUUUUUUGUUUGUUGAAACGCGAAAAGACUAUUUAAUUUCCCGUGGUCGUGAUAUGGGCUUUGGUGGCGCAGCCAUCAGAACAAGCGUCUCACCUCUGGUAUCGUGGGUCUGAUUCUUGCUGCGGACCCAUGACACUUAUGUGAAAAGAAUCAGUCUCUCUACCGGGAGUGCGUUUUCUUCUGGUGUUCUGGUUUCCUCCCACAGGCAAUGUUAUACAGGGCGGGUUGAAUCCCAAACUGACCCUUCCAUCGUAGCCGUGCUCCUUGAUCUGACAUGAAUCAUACAGUGGCAGCCUGAUGCGCCCGUAACAUAAAAUACCUUAUUUAGAAUAUUUCUUUAAAUAGCUGCAUAUGGAGAUACACUAUUAGUACCAUUCAUUUGGACGCCAUCGCCGUUGCCAUUAAUGGCCAAAUAUUUUAGAAGACAGAAACUUCAUCCGGAUUAUCAGGUAGUAGAGUCCAUCUGAUUGACUUUAUUGAAUUGACUUUAAUCAUUGGGGGUUUCCAGGGUUGAUAGUGUUGAUGUUAGGAACGGAAUACAAUUAACGUUGAUUCAAGCGGUAAGCGCUUUACUACUUAUGUACUAUUAUGUUGAUUAGCCAUUCACAAAGGAUGUCCGAGCCGAGGGGGGUUGGAAAAUCAGGACAAUCUCGGACAUAGGGGGGAGGGUUUUUUUAGCAAUCUGAAUGUCCGAAAUUUAAAAAAAUUCAAAAACAAAUUUCUUUUUCCUCUAUUUUGAACUCUCCUUCCUAUUGUGAAAUUGGCAUUUUGAACACUUCAUUAUAUUAUCUCAUUCUUCCCUUCAAUGAUGAAUUAAACAGUGUCAUACACAAGGUUGCGUGAGUUUUUGCGAGGCAUGGCGGAUGUCCGGGGGGGAGGGGUCACUAAUUCGGACAAUGCCGGACAAGGGGGGGGGGGUUCUGAAAAUCCAUCAUUUGGCCGGACAUCCUUUGUGAAUGGCCCCAAAUAUAUCACCAAAUUACGAUAUCGUAUUGAGAUUAAUGUGCUUUAUGUACUGUGUGUAGGUUGCACUGUGUAAAUUGAUAACCGAACUUUAUAUGUACCUCGGCCCGAUUGUUCAAAGGUGGGUUGGCGCUAACCCUCGGUUAAAAUUUAACCCACUGUUUUGGGAUUUGUAUUUCUGCAUUUCUGUUUAUUUCAAAACUUCAGAGAAAUAAACUCCUGUCGAUCCAGAUAAACUGAUAUCGAUCCAGUUUUCUAAAGAAACAUUUCCAAAUUUAUUGACAAACUGUCAGGAAGUUCACUUUGAAUUUUAGGUUAAGCUAAUCGACUUUCGAACAACUGGCCCCUGGUGACAUUUUGUCGCUAAAUAUUUCAAACAAUCCUGAACCGAUUAAGAGGUUCUCCUACAAUUCGGGUUUGGUCUAACGUACUAAUUUAACUCUCCGAAAUCUUGACUCCCCGAUAUAACUCUUCCUGUAAAACAUUCCUUCUAGUCAUACUCAUUUAAAAGCUACUCGACAUUUGAUAUGAGUCGAAAAAAUUUCACCCGAUCAAUUUCACUUUGCUACCAAUCCUAUGUUAGGAGUCGGCUCGAUCAAUAAGCCACGUGGUUCGUGAAAAUGUUUGACUUAACUACUUAGCUAGUCUGAUGUAUAUUGGAUCGUUUCCCCCAGUUUCCUCCUUAAGAGCGAGAUUGGAGACAUUCACGUUUACGGCAGAUCGUUAACUACAAACGGCAAACUUCAAAUCGUAUUUUGAGGUCAACUGUUAGCUUUUCGAAGUUAGGACAAUUUGUGCAUUAAAGUUGAAGAAUGAAUAAACUAAAAACUUGUGGAAACCUUCGAACACCUGUAGAACGUACCUUCAAAUGCGAUUUGAAGUUUGCCGUUUGUGGCCCACCGUAAACGUGAAUCUUAACCUCUCUAUUGCCCUUGUUAGAAAACAUCUAGCUCGGGCAGCAGUUUAGAAAUUAUAGAGCUAUCCAAUAUCUAUUGUGCUUUUAGGAAUUUCUAAAAUCUAACACAAGCAUCGUGGGUAUCUGGGAUGAUCAUGACUAUGGUAUGAAUGAUGGGGGAAAGGUAUAUUCAUCUUGCGCUUUAUAUGUGUUUCACUGUUACUGCACUUGUUAAUUUUAAGAUUUCCAAUAGUAUCCAAUAAUCUCAAAAAACACAAUGCGGCACAUUGAGGCUUUACGGGUUAAGAAGCGGCAACAACGAACGUGGGAAGAUAAGCUGGUUAGCCCGUUAACGCCCAAAACUUUCGGUUACUUUCCCCUUGACGAGUAAAAUCGUAUGGUUUCCAACAGUGACAGGGUACAAUUAACAAAGUGAUUAUGAUUAUGAUUAUUCACCUUACUCCCCAUCGGGGCUUUUCGCUGACCGAUUACAUCAAAUAUAACUCUUAGUUAUAUUACCUACUAAGCUUAGACUAUUUAUUCUUACAACAAUUGUGAUAUUACUUUCCUAACUAUGUUUAUCCUAACCCACCCUGUCAACUUUCCCUGCGGGAGGAAAUCACAGCGCCCGGAGAAAACCCACGACUUUCGGCAGAGCGUUGACAGACUCAUUUCACAUGAGUCAACAAAUGAGUCCAUAGCGGGAAUCGAACCCACGAUCUCAGAGUUGAAAGGCGCUUGCCCUGACAACUUCGCCCCCGAAAGGAUUGUCGCAGCUUAAUAGGUUAACCAGGGGAGUCUGGGUGAUAAAUCAAUGUCAAAAAUGUUUCCCUUAAAAGUAGUGCCCAUUGCGGCACAUUGUAACUAGAUUGUUUAAUACAUAGCUUAUAUUUUAUAAAUCUUGUUGCAGAUACGUAAGACAAUUCAACUGAUCCUGUUCGUUCGAUCUACUUUCAGAAUUUCGGGAAUAGGUUGCAGACUCAAGACGUUUUCUUAGAUUUUCUUGAUGAACCGCUGGACAGCGUGAGACGAAGGCGCGAAGGAAUGUACGUUUCUUAUACAUUUGGUCAUGGUGAUAAAGCUGUAAAGGUAAAUAAACACAGAUGAUUACGCCUAUAGGUGGUUAUCACAUUGUGUCAUCUCCACCAUGUUAGAGAAAUCUGACAAACGAUUUUCCUUGCGAUUCAAAUUUCAUCCAACAUGGCAGAAUUCUCCUUGUAUUUUGAACCCCUUGAGACGGAUUGCAACCCGCCUUUUAUUCUGAAACCUACUGGUUUGUAUCUGCAAGGCAAAGUUCAAUUGUUCUGGUAAUUAAUACCCAUGAUCAUGCCAAACGUUCCAGUGGUCAUAGGUAUAUCCAGCAUAGCACGGCAAGAAUUUCAAGUGUCCGGGAACUUGUACUUUAUCAUUUAUUGCAAUUGUUCUGACAGCUUUUCAAGUCAAUUGUAGUUGAUUAAGUAAAGUGUGGAUAUGAAUUGAUAAUGAUCAUUUUCAUCAGUUACCUAUCGAUAUACAUGCAUGGUUGCAAAACUUUGUUCACAAAGUUUAAAGGCCAAAUUCACUUUCAUCUCAUUUAAUAUCCUAUCCGGAUAUUCUAUCUAUCCCUAUCCCCUACCCUCAGCUGCCUCAGAUCCUCUGCCUAAGUUUACUGUUAGAGUUUCUUUUGUAGCUUAUUAUGCUAGACGUGCGAUCAUUCACCGUGUUUGGUACAAACUGUGAUAUGCUAGGAGAGGAACAAUGGAAAUGGCUCGAAGAACAGUUAGAUGAUCCAACUCCGGUCGCUUUUACGAUUGUUACCAGUGGUAUGCAGGUGAAAAUUGAACUUUCAUGCCUAUGCAAUUGCAGAAGAGAACGCUUAGAAAAGUAGAGAGCAUUAGACACAACCACUUCAUUAAGCAUGUUAAUGGGGACAGGUAGAACGUUCGCAGGUAUCCCUGCAUGUUUAUUUCAAUUCUCUCGAAUUUAUCAGGUUCCAGACAUUUUUCUUCCCGUCCGCCAAGCAAGAUUCCUGUUUCUACGACCGGGAUCCUGCCACGAGGGGACGGUUUUUCUCAUCUCUCGCCUAACCCAUCAAUAUUCAUUCUCAAUUAAUCGGCCACUGAUGUUGGUGAAUCCGUGUUUAUUGGUAAUAAUGAUAUAAACGAGCCUAAAACACUAAUCUUACGAAGAUCGCGUUGGCGGGAUCCCAGUAAUUUUCCAUUCCAUCUCAUAUAAAGAGAAAUUCAUAAAGGGAUGAAAAAUAUUUCGUCUCAUCAAAUGUUUCGUCCCGUUUACAUAAUCAUUUAAUCAUUUAAUAUCAAUACUUUAAUUAACAGAUUUUGUCAAAUGCUAUACGACUACUACAAAAUUGGGAAGACUGCCCACACAGUUACGAUAGGCUGAUUUGGUUAACACGACGUCGUGACAAGGUGAGCGAGUCCUUUGGAAGGAUAACAAUACUGUAAUCAUGUAAUUUAGUUGCAUGUGUGUAGAGAAGGAAGGAAAGUAACAUUUGUCAACUAUUCAAAGAGUGAGGCAUAAGUUGUAAAACGGUUAUAAGUUAAGAUCCGUUCGUUCCUCAUACCUGGAGUUGUUAUUAAAGAAAAAUUGAAAAUAAUGAAACGUUGUGCUUAUUCAAGCUCAAGACGUUCAAAAACAUUUUUGCGCAAUUAUUGAUAUAGCCUGCAUGGCAGGCAGUCCCUAAAAUCGGGCAAGACCGCCUGCCAUAGUGCCAUGCGGGCUAUCAUUGAUAUAGUCUGAAUUUCAGACAGCGACUCGUUCAGAUGUCCAACAUGUGGUGUGAUUUGUGCGCUCAUUACUCUCGCUGCUCUGUAUUCAUGGCAUCGUUAAAUAUGAUUCACCUACAGUGUAUCAUAAAUGGACCGACUAAAAUCGUAGGAUAUGCACGCUGCCGCCCGGCUUAAAUUAAAUCAUGCAUUCCAAUUUUAUUUUUUCCUAUUAAAUACAUGCAGGCAACAUAUCGUCAAAAAUAUUAAUUUUUCAUUUGAUGACUGUCGGUUGACCAACGUAUGAUAGUAGAGACCUUAAGAUUGACUUUUACGGCAAACCGCAAACAGCAAACUUCAAAAGUACUACAAAUUUUCGACAGCUAAGUAGCCAAUUCAUCCUUCAAUUUUAAUGCACAAAUUCGGACAGCUAACAGUUUACCCCAAAAUACAAUUUGAAGUUUGCCAUUUGUGGUUAGCGGUUGGCCAUCAAUGUCAGUCUUGAAGGGCCCUUUACACUUGCAAUUUUUGCUGAAAUUUCUAGUGCGAUUUUCUUCUCGUGAUGGAUGUGACGGAGUUAUAACUCAUCCUCUCGUUCACAUCAUCAGAAGAAGAAAACGCAGAAAAAAUUGCCUCUGCACCAACCUCGUACCCAGGAUCUUUCUGGGUACGAGGUUGCCUCUGCACUUCUCUGCAGGCACGGAUUUUGAAGCCGCAGGCCUAGAAAACAAAUUUUGUUAAACUUUUUCCUUGGCCUUUCCGGGCGUUGCCACCACGCCCCGGCCAAAGCAAGCAGCAGCACCCCCCCCCCAGAUAUUUAUCCACCCCACCCCAUCCCAAAACGAAAAUAUGAAAAUCCGUCUCUGCUUCUCUGCACUUGCAAUUUUCUUCUUCUGCUGGAUGUAAACAAGUGGAGAGUUAUGAAUAUUCAGAUGACGAGUGAUGACGACUCGAAAUAUACUCGAUACAUUCACAAUUCAUCCACUCAUUCUAAUGCUUAGUGAAACUGGUGCAUUUACAUUUGCAUUAUAGACAUUAACUUUUCUUUGUUAGGUAAUUUAUCUUAGUGGCGAUGUUCAUUUUGGGGAAACCUCUUGUCUCAAUAGUUCAUCGUCAGGUUUGUUGAAUUAAUCAAAUCUAUAUAGCCAUUGAAUAUUGAUGUGAGUGUUGUACUGUGGAUGUAUUGAACACGCUAUAAUUGUCGACUUUGUCGUAUUCUUUGGAAGCCAGUGGUUUUAUUUAAUAACUAAACUAAACUAAACUAAACUAAACUAAACUAAACUAAACUAAACUAAACUAAAAGCACUGAACUGAAGGUCCAGUCCCGUCUCUUAUUGGUCCAGUGUUAGUACAAAAGGUUUUUGCGUUGGUUGGUGGAUCAAAACCGGAAAUACUCUUUUCAUAUUCUAUUCAGGAGCGCCCGAGGGAGCACAUGAUGAUGAUGAACUAAGCAAAAUUAUGAUCACAUAACUGAAUAUUACCAGAAUAGAACCUGGGUCGAAGGAUGAAACCACUGUCCAACCAAUCAACGUUGUGUCCAUAUAAUGAUGGACUGUUUCUCAUUCUAGGCUAUCCGUUGUACGAGCUGACAUCCAGUAGUCUUUAUAUGACUUGUACUAUACCUUUCGUUACUUAUGAGCAGUGCGCAUGGUUAAUAAGGUAAUAUGGGCGGGAUUUCAUUUCAGUGAUAACAUUUCAUCAAACUUUGAUUGAGGCCACCUUAUGUUCAGAUAAAGCCUUGUAUCCAUUUGAUCGCAGCUGACCUGACCUAGUCAUGGUCACUGAUGUAAAAUAAUCUGGAUUUAUAGUGUCCCUGCUAAUAAGUUAUAACCACUGCAGAGAUAUUCGACAGUAUUAUAUUAAUACAUCUGAUACACUAUCAAAGAUUCUAAGAACAAGUACUGGUGAAAUGCCAUACAAGCAACGACUGUUAAAGUUGGAACUCUUACCACUCUCCUACGAUAGAGAGAUGAAAAAUCUCGUAUUUUUCUUCAAGGCGUUGUAUAUGGUUACGUCGAUCUUAACAUUAACAAUCGCGUCUCUUGUAUUCAACAUGAACGUACUUGACUCAGCCAAGCUACUGCCUACUGGUGUAAUGCUUCAAACUCCCAGAACUGCUACGUUUCAAUCUUCCUAUUUCAACCGUAUCAAACUGUGGAACAAUGCAUGUCAAGAUGUCAAUCCAGAUACAUUUUCUAGCCCUAUCUCUUUCCAAAACUUUCUUAAUUAAACGCAGAUAUUUAGAACUUCUACGCUCUAUUAUAUGGUGUUGAACUAUCCUGUACUUGGUCCUUGGUCCGUGACUGUCCCUGUCACAGAGAAUAGCAAAGAUAAAUGUGUGUUUUAAUAGUCUAUGUGUACUGUGUAUAUAUAUAUAAUUGUAUAAUAAUAUAAUUGGACAGCAGGUGCCUUGCAUGGGAACUUUUUGAAGAGUCGUACCUUGCCUUUUUUUGGAUCUAACUUUAAAAUGUCUGCGUUUUACUUUCUAAAUAUUCGCUUUUUUACAUGUUUGUAUGUAUAUUGAUCCAAAUAAAUUUGUUAAACAAAGUUUAUUCAAUCAUUAUGACGUCAUUUACCUGUUUCUGUGCUACUCUAUAGGAAUGUUGCAGGGAAUGAUUUCCGAAUUACGGAGCCAGUGGUUGAGAGAAACUUUGGUUUGGUAGAGAUAGAUUGGGAUUCCAACCCAGUAAGUUGACCUAAAACGUCAUUCGUAACUACUUCAUUAAUAAAUAAAUGGCAUAUUUGAUGCAUUACCGAAUUAAUGCUAUUUUGACAGGUCUGUCAAAACUUGAAGGGCUCCCAAGUCAAACAUGAUUGAUUGAGAAUGAAACUUUGCCGUUUUCCGGUCAUAACGCGUUAUUUAACGUAAGCCCAGCUAACCGCGGAACCAACCUGAGUGACAUCCGAAUGCCCUUUGUUAACGCAUGCGCAUAAAAUACAUUGUUUGGUCACUUAGCACUAGGUUGGAUCUCAGUCAACUGGGAUAAAAUUUCCAUUUGAAGGCUUUAUCCCACCUGACUGGUAUGGAUAUUUUUACCAAUAUUGUUGGAAAAUACAAACAAACAAAAAAACAUUAAUAACCCUAAACAGACACUAUUAAGGUCGUAAUACUACCGAUCUCGGGCAAAAAUAAUGAGACUUUUGAUAUUUCGUUCUUUUUCUGUGAUUACUCCCCCCCCCACCACCCCCUAUUCAAUGUUGAAAAACAUUUGUAUCGUUUGUCCAACAUUGUUUGUGGGGAGCAAUGACUUAGUUGUCUCAAUAAUUUUUGCACAAGAUUGUAUAUAGGUGCAGUGCAGGGCCGUAGCGACUAGCGAUCGGUGUGUGUGUGCCUGUGUGUGUGUGUGUGUGCUGGGGGGGGGGGUCACAAAUCGGGGAAGAAUUAGCAUUCCGUAUACGAUUUAGGUUAAUGGUGGUAUAAGUUUAUCAUCAGGGCCGAUACUAAAAUCUAAAUCAUUUGAGAGAAUAAAAAUCUAAUGUCCGGAAAAUUUUUUAUAUAUACUGAGUGUCCGGUUUUUUGUUGACUUCUCUUCCUCCUCCCCGUAGAUUUUUGUUGCCCCCCCUCCAAAGGAAGACUGCUCGCGACGGCCCUGGUACAGUUUAUUUAAUUACAACAAAAAUAUUUCCAAGAAGCUAUGUUUACAUAAUUUCGUCCCACUCAGGUGGGAUAAAAACAUCAGGUGGGAUAAAAUUACAGUCAUAUGAACACAUAAAUAAUUAAUCCCACUCAGGUGAGCUUCCUUGCAAACCGCGGGCUCAUAUGAAAAGGCCCUUACUACUUCUUUUUGUGUACUAUAGGUGAAAAUUAAGCUCCAGGUUUUUGGCGCCAAGGGCAGUAUUGUUUCCGAAGUUGUUACAGACUUUGAUCAUAUAACUAAGGUUUGUGUAUAACUACAUGUAUCUCGAUCCCCUUCCUAUAAGGCUAUAUAUUUUCAUUGUCAACCCUCUCCCAUAUAGUCAUGCUAGUUAACGUUAUUAUUAAUUGACUACCAACUAUUGUUGAUGAUCAGAAAUAAAAUUUUAAUGCUGUUUUACCUAUCGCUUAGCGAUUGACAGCUGAAAGUUGUCCUGAUGUCACGAGACCAGAAGCAUCGUUAACAAGAAUCUAUCUUUUCUGGGCAACGUUCGGAUUCAUUAUAGUUACAGCGUUCCUAGUUUUAGUUAGGUAAGUUAUUACUGCACGUGAUUUUGUAUUGUUUUAACCACUGUAACUGCAGUUUUAACCAUUGUUUAGUUUCUCUGCCAGUUUCUUUACUUCCUGUGGUUCUAAUUAUAUCCUGACAGAUGUUUUUUAUUUUCCAGUUCCAUUUACGUCAUCUUCAAGUUAUUCAUCUCACUCCUACGCUUUUUACUUGGAUAUAUAUGGAAACCUAGUCAAGUUUCAAAACUGAAACAAAAACGUUCUUAAUGACCAAAAAUGUUCUUUUUUACCAGAAUUUUUGUACCUUAGUCUAUUAUACAAACAUUUUAGUAUACAGGGUAAGUACAAAAACUUGGAAACUCUUGGAAGUUGCCUUUUUUUACAAGAACUAGAAUUCAAUAGAACUUUUUUUAAAUUGUCAAAAUAAUUGAGUAUACGAAGAGAAAUCAUUUCAUGAAAUAAAGUUUAAUUUGGGAG